GUAAACUCAGAGCGAGAUCGGCUAAGGAAUCAUCCAACGCUGUCCUGCCCUAGUUCUGGACCUUCUGGUUAUAGUGGAGACCGACGAGGAAAUCAUUAACUCCCUCGCGUCUAGACAUGGCGACUUCGGAGAAGGAGGCCGCUCUGGCUGCUGUUCCGACCGAUGCGCCCACGAUAUUUGACAAAAUCAUAAAGAGAGAGAUUCCUUCAACUGUGGUUUAUGAGGAUGACAAGGCACUUGCAUUCAGAGACAUCACUCCACAAGCUCCCACACAUAUCUUGAUCAUUCCAAAAGUUAAAGAUGGGUUGACUGGGCUAUCAAAGGCUGAGGAGAGGCACAUAGAGAUACUUGGCCACCUCCUAUACAUUGCCAAAGUUGUUGCAAAACAGGAAGGACUUGAAGAGGGCUUUAGGAUUGUCAUCAACGAUGGUCCCAAUGGAUGUCAAUCGGUGUAUCAUUUGCACAUUCAUCUUCUUGGUGGAAGACAGAUGAACUGGCCUCCUGGCUAAAGGACGUUCACCUUCAUUUGUUUUGUAUUGGAACACAAGUCUUUGCGCUUAUUUUCAUAAAUUGCACCGUAGGCAAGCCCUCCAGAGACUUGCUUUGCUGCUUCUGCAGAAGUAAAAACUUGGACCAACUUUUUCCAUGUGACUGACUGGAUUUAAACUUUAUGUUGUAUUCGGUUUCUUUUCGAGUGGUAAGUUAUGACCGAAUCUUUAAACCUGAACCUAGUUCAGGAUUGGUUUA